AUGGAAGUGCCAGAAGUGCUCAAAUUCGCCCUAAGAGUCAGCGAUAUCGCUGAAGCGCCCGAGAAUUUGCGACGAAUGAAAUCGAUUGACGAAUCAUUUUCCAUCCGAUCAACAUCAAUUUUCGCUUUGGGAAGAGCUCUUUUGGCUGAGGGAAUGCUAUGGAAAAUGUGCCGAAAACGUUUUAAAGAACGAAAAUUCUGGCUUUUCAAUGAUAUUCUCGUUUACGCGAAAGUGAUCCGAAAAGAGAAAUGUUUCCAUUCACAAAGAGUGAUUCGGUUGGAAACAGCUGAAGUUGAGGAUUUGAGGAAUUCAAUGUUUACAGAAAAUUCAACAUAUCCAUGGAUUUUCAAAUCACCGAAGAAAUCUUUUGUGAUUUGCGCGAAUCGUGCAGAGGAAAAGUUUAAAAGAGGAGAAAAUCGGAAAGAGGAAUAUGCACCGAUUAUGAUUCCCGAUGAUGCGACGAAUGAAUGCAUGAGGUGCUAUCAGAGUCAAUUUGGAUUGAUCAAGAGGAAACACCAUUGCAGAAAAUGUGGCGCCAUCGUUUGUGGUGAGUGCUCAUCAAAUCAAAUGGUGAUCAAGGGACAAAGUGAUAUCCCGCAAAGAGUUUGCAUUAUUUGCUUUGAGAGGAUCAAGAUCAGAACUAUCAUUCGAUAUCAAAAAUUCGAUCAAAUGCCUUUUCGCUUUUUGUUGUUCACUGGUGGUUUGGCUGUGGUGGCUGGAAUGGUGAUCGAAGUUGAGAGAAAAGGUUUUUCUUCACAAUUAUCGCAUAAAGAAGUGAAUCCAUUGAAAUGUGAUGAGGGUUGGGCUCAAUUUAAUGCAUAUUGCUACAAGAAUCAUCCCGCAAAAGUCUCCUACGAUGAGGCGAAAAAGAUUUGCCGAAAAGCGGGCAGUCGAUUGGUGACUAUUCACGGCUAUUUGGAGAAUCGAUUUGUGGAGGAGAUGCAAACGGCUGCCGGGGUCGCUUGUUGGCUUGGAUUGCGGCGAAAAUGUUCUAAAUUUGGAUUCGAAAACUUUGCUUGGACGGACGGGAGCGCGAACGAGUUUUCGAAUUGGGGAAUCGGGAACCCAGAUCCAAUAGAGGGGAAGAUCAGGAAUUGGGUGGUCGUGAGUUUUGAUCUUCAACAACUAAUAGAUAUUAAAUUUCAACGUGUUAUUCAAAGAUGCUGCCGGCUGCAGAUGUUCAACAACUCA